UUGAUAUUUUCAUCGAGUUCUAAAAAGAGUCGUGAAAAUUUUUCUCCAUCAUUUUAAGAAUUAAUUUCUAAUCCAAAAGAAAAGAAGAAAAUAAAGUUCCAACAAAUCAACUGAGUUUAAUUUUCCAUCUACAAACUUUAAAUUAUUUCUAGUGAUUCGUAAUUUACAUUUAAUUGUUCCAGAAAAUCAUGUCAACAAUCAGCUGGUGGAAAGUCAAUACUCCUUCAUGUUCACCCGAUGAAUUAAGUGACAUUAUAACGGCCCCAAACGGAGGCUAUUACACCGUUCCGAUUGACCCUUACAAUGAAGUCUAUCCAAAUAUCUACCUUGGAGAUGGAACAACGGCUUUGUGUACUUCGUUACUUCGUAGGACUGGAAUAACCCAUGUUCUUAAUGCUGCUUGUGGUAAAAGUAAAUCGCUUAAUCUGGUCAAUACCAAUGAAUCAUUUUAUCGGGAUUCUGGAAUUAAGUUCAUGGGAAUUGAAGCACUUGACAUGUCCACUUUUCUCCUGUUGAAUCAUUUUCAUGAGGCCGCUGAUUUUAUCGACUCGGCGUUGACCAGUGGGGGUAAGGUUUAUGUCCAUUGUCGUCAGGGGAUUUCACGAUCGGCCACUUUGAUUCUCGCCUAUUUGAUGAUUAAGAAAAACUAUUCAGCCCAAGAAGCCGUUAGAACGAUUCGUCGGCAACGGGACAUAAUUCCCAAUGAUGGUUUUCUCAAGCAACUUUGCCUUCUCAACGAGACCUUGUUACUUGACCGCAGGCUAUUUGAAAAAACGGAAGCUAAAUUAUCCUGUUCAACUGAUUGUAAACCAACACAAUCGGUUUUAAUCAAAUGAACGCAAUCAUAUUGUUAAUUGUAUCGAAACAUAU